AUGUCUCGUUACAAAUUGGAAUACUCCAACAAACCCCUUCAUUUGAAUGUUGGAGGAACAGUGUUAACUGUCUCUUUAGGUCACUUUCUCCAUAAUGAAAGAGAACCUGAUAAUCUAUUCGAGAAAAUGCUCACAGGAGAGUAUCCAUUGUAUGAAACACCAAGUACUGCAUUCCCAGAUAAGGUCUUUUUUGUGGAUUGUGAAUUGGAUGUUUUCAAAGAAAUCUAUAAUUGGUUAAAAUAUGGAACUCUUGGCGAAAGUAAAACCAAUGAAACUCUUCGAAUCAAUCUCAAGAAUCAAGCAAAGACAUUUCAUCUCUCUCGUUUGGUGAAUGAAUUAGAAAAGUGUGAAGAAGAAUAUGGUUUCUCAUAUUUAAGCACACCAACAACAAACAUGAACAUGAUGAAUUGCAAAAACUGA